AUGGACGAGACGGGGCGAAUCCUCCUCACGGCCAACCAAAUAUAUGCCAGAGCUAACUCAACGAGCUCGGACCCCGAUCAACAAACUCGACCACCGGCGUUCAAGGCCAUCGGUAUAGCCCUAGCAGUUGCCUCUGGAUGCUUUAUUGGAGUGUCAUUUGUGUUGAAGAAGGUUGGGUUGCUAAAAGCAAACGAAAAAUAUAAUGAAGUUGCUGGUGAAGGUUAUGGCUACCUCAAGAAUGCCUUCUGGUGGGGUGGUAUGUCCUUGAUGAUCAUCGGCGAGAUCUGCAACUUUGCUGCGUACGCUUUCACGGAUGCGAUUAUAGUCACCUCCCUGGGAGCCCUAUCGGUUGUUAUUACCGCCAUUCUCUCAGCCAUCUUCUUGAAGGAGAGACUUAGUAUGGUCGGCAAGGUCGCCUGUUUCCUCUGCAUUAUUGGAUCUGUUAUAAUCGCAUUGAAUGCCCCGGCGGAAUCAUCUGUAGCAAAUAUCCAAGAGCUACAGAAGUUUGUUGUUACUCCAGGGUUUCUAACUUACGCCGGUGUUAUUAUCGUCGGUUGCGCUUUUAUUGCCUUUUGGGUUGGACCACGAUAUGGAAAAAAGAACAUGUUUCCUUAUAUUUCGGUCUGCAGUUGGAUUGGAGGAUUGAGUGUUGUUGCUACUCAGGGCUUGGGCUCUGCUAUCGUCGCCCAGGCUGGCGGCACUCCUCAGUUCAACCAGUGGUUUUUAUAUGUCGUUCUCGUCUUCGUUAUAGCGACACUGUUGACGGAAAUUAUCUAUUUAAAUAAAGCGCUCAAUCUAUACAACGCGGCGAUGGUCACCCCCACGUAUUAUGUAUAUUUCACAAGUACGACACUCAUCACUUCGGCUGUUCUCUUCCAAGGUUUCAAGGGGACAGCGAUGGAAAUCGUGACAGUCGUCAUGGGAUUCCUUACGAUUUGCUCUGGCGUGGUUCUUCUCCAAUUGUCUAAAUCCGCAAAGGAUGUACCAGAUUCCGCUGUUUUUGCUGGCGACCUGGACCAAAUUCACACAAUCGCCGAACAAGAGCAACCCGAAACAGAACCAAAGGCCGAUGCGAUUCGUGGAGCUGCCGCUAUCGUGCGGCGAAUUUCGUUUGUGCGACAAAAGAUGGAGGAAGAAGAAUUUCGGCGACUUCACCAGGAGAAAGAAUCGGAGCGGCUUGCCCCUGUCAGCGAGGAUGGUCAACAAGUCUAUGAAUGGGAUGGAUUAAGACGAAGAAGAACAACGAUGGGAAGCUAUAGGAGCCGUGCAAUGACAACACCGAGCCCUGUUAAUACUCCGGCGCAUCCACCACUGGGCAGAUCAAGGUUCCCAACAGAGGAGGAAUUGGCCGAAGAGCGAAACCGUCAAAUGUCGCCGGGUAUGCUUUCAAGUAUAGCCGGCACCAUUCGAAGCCGAGCAAGGAGUGUUUUACUUCCAGGGCAUCCUGAUUUCCAGGGAGAGCAAAACCCCAGGGUUCAAAGUCCGAUGCAUCCGGUACAGUUGACCAACAUCGCCGUUCCGAACCAGAAAUAUGGAAAUGAGUCGAGCGCGUAUGGUAACAGCCGGGGCCACAUCUAUGGUCUCCCGGACGACUUGCGGAAGACCGAGUAUGGCGGUGCCGCCAGCAUAGCGUCUGGUAGUACUGGGCGUCACAUUCAGUUUAUGGAAUCGCCGAAACCAAGCAUCGCGUCUUUGGCUCCGCCGACCCCACCACCUCACGGGGAGAUGCCCUCAGCACGUCGGCAGUUUUCGUUCCAAAAUGUGUUCCGUCGGCAUCAAGCUGACAGUCCACAGGAGCAAGUAGCGCCGCCGCCGAGGAACCGUUCGACGUCCCGUCUUGGUUUAGGCUCACGGGGCUAUUCGGAUCGUCAGAUUCAAGUGAAGAAUGCGACGGAGGAGGAAAGACUGGGUCUUGUUAAGGGCGAUUCUAAUUCGAUGCCAACGCUGCCUCGACACGACGAUGACGACGAUGAUGAUUACGAAGAAAGUGACGAUGAUUCAUAUUCGGACGAUAAAAGAGUGGAACGGUACGGCAGAGGCAUAACGGAUAGUCCGCCUAGGAGAGGGAGCGAUCAAAAUGAGAGCGAGGAGGAUGAUUACGAGGCGAGCCGGAGAAGGUGGGAUAGGGGUCGAAAUGGAAGCAGGGAUUCAACGCCUCGCAGUUCACCACCGCGACCACCGGGACGAAAUCCGCCUAGAGGUGGAGAUGGAGCUUUCAUCUGA